AUGGUGCGUCGGUGGGCAGUGUGCAUGCGUCCCUCCCCUCAGCUGCUCCGCAUGGGCAGGGCCUUUGCUCUGUGCGAUCCAAACUCGUUCUGCUCGCGGUGCAUGUUCUCAUCUGGAGGGAUUUCUGCAAGCAUAUAUGCAAACAGACAGCGCGCGGAAGGCAUGGGCUCCCACGAACAGGCCGUGAAGUUCUCUAACCAGGACUACGAGGCCCUGAAGCAAGAGUGUGUGGAGUCUGGGAGCCUGUUCGAAGACCCGCUGUUCCCGGCUGAACCUCCGUCUCUGGGGUUCAAGGAGCUGGCCCCGUAUACGGCCAAAACAAGAGAUGUGGAGUGGAAGAGGCCCACGGAGCUGGCAUCAGAUCCUCAGUUCAUUGUGGGCGGAGCCACAAGGACAGACAUUUGCCAGGGAGCGCUGGGUGACUGUUGGCUCUUAGCUGCUAUUGGAUCUCUGACUCUGAAUGAGAGGCUUCUGCACCGCGUUGUUCCACACGGACAGAAUUUUCAGGACGACUACGCAGGAAUCUUUCAUUUCCAGUUCUGGCAGUUUGGUGAUUGGGUUGAUGUGGUGAUUGAUGACCGACUUCCUGUCAAAGAUGGAGAGCUCAUGUUUGUCCACUCUGCUGAGGGCAACGAAUUCUGGAGUGCACUGCUGGAGAAGGCCUACGCUAAGUUAAAUGGAUCCUAUGAGGCUCUGUCCGGAGGAAGUACGACCGAAGGGUUCGAAGAUUUCACUGGAGGUGUAUCAGAGAUGUAUGAACUCAGCAAAGCUCCACGAGAUCUGUUCAGGAUCAUCAGAAAGGCUUUGGACAGAGGAUCCCUGCUUGGCUGCUCUAUUGAUAUCACCAGUGCCUUUGAUAUGGAGGCAGUUACGUUCAAGAAACUGGUGAAGGGCCAUGCCUACUCCGUCACUGGGCUCAAAGAGGUCGAUUAUCGGGGCCGAAGGGAGCGUCUCAUCCGGAUACGUAACCCUUGGGGCCAAGUGGAGUGGACCGGAGCCUGGAGCGACAAUUCUUCUGAAUGGGAUCAAAUUGACCCGUCGGAACGUGAGGACUUGAACUGUCAAAUGGAGGAUGGGGAGUUUUGGAUGGCCUUCAGCGAGUUUCUGCGACAGUUUUCUCGUCUGGAGAUUUGUAACUUGACUGCAGACGCUCUGAGUGAGGACACCCUCAGUCACUGGAACACCAUGAAGUUUUACGGGACGUGGAGGAAAGGGAGCACGGCAGGGGGCUGCAGGAACCAUCCCAACACGUUCUGGAUCAACCCUCAGUACAAGAUCACGCUGCUGGAGGAGGAUGACGACCCGGAGGAUGAAGAGGUGGCCUGUAGUUUCCUGGUGGCUUUGAUGCAGAAGGACCGCCGUCGAUACAGACGCCAGGGCCAGGACAUGCAUACCAUCGGAUUCGCUCUCUACGAGAUUCCUGAAGAGUACAGGGGCUGUCAGAAUGUGCACUUGAAGAAGAACUUCUUUCUGUCGCACUCGUCUUGUGCGCGCUCCGAGACCUUCAUAAACCUGAGGGAGGUCAGCACGAGGCUGCGCUUACCCCCCGGAGAGUACCUCGUUGUCCCCUCCACGUUUGAAGCCGGAAAAGAGGCAGAUUUUGUCCUGCGAGUCUUUACUGAGAAACAAUCAGAGACAGAAGAGUUGGAUGAUGAAGUUGGUUUUGAUUUGGAAGAUGAGGAUCAAAUCACAGAAGACGACAUUGAUGAUUCCUUCAAAGCAAUGUUUUCCCAGCUCGCUGGAGAAGAUAUGGAGAUUUCAAUUCGUGAGCUGAGGACCAUUCUCAACAGAGUGAUGUCCAAACACAAAGACUUGAAAACAGAUGGGUUCAGCGUGGAGUCCUGUCGAACCAUGGUUAACCUCAUGGAUAAAGACGGCAGUGCUCGUUUGGGGAUGGUGGAGUUUCAAAUCCUGUGGAAUAAAAUUCGCAAUUGGCUGACCAUUUUCAGACAAUAUGACAUUGACAAGUCUGGUGCUAUGAGCUCAUAUGAGAUGCGCCUGGCUGUAGAAGGAGCAGGUUUUAAAUUGAACAACAAACUCAAUCAGAUCCUGGUCGCUCGAUACGCCGAGAAUGAAUUGAUUGAUUUUGACAACUUCAUCUGCUGCUUGGUCAAACUCGAGGCCAUGUUCAGGUCUUUCCAGAUGUUUGACAAAGAUGGAUCUGGAUCUGCUGAGAUGUCUCUGACUGAAUGGCUGUACAUGACGAUGUGUGGCUAA